AUGGCCGAUGGAGUUCCUGCAACCACAUGUAGCAGACUGAAAGAAGCUGCCCAAGCAGAGUUUGGCAACCUCCAGAAUUCAGUCAAGUCAGAAAAGAAGUACAAUCACAGCAGGGAUGCGAUGCGUGCAAUCCGAAGAAUGGGUGUUGGAUGGAGGGUACCUCUGGACAUUUUCAAGCACAUUUGCUCCAAUGGUGAGGUUCUGAAAAUCACUUACAUGCAUCCCAAGAAGCUUGCUGGGUUUUUGAUGGAGAAGCAUCCAAUGGUUUUGUUGGGAAAUCCAUCUGUUGAUGCUGCGGAGUCCAUAUGCGAAGCAUACUGGGAGGCCUACAGAAAUUUUCACGGCACUCACGAGGUGUACAGACUGUUCGAGAACGAGCUCCGCUGGUGCAUACCGAUUGCUGUGCAUGGAGACGAGGGUCGAGGAAAGCGUAGAUCCAACACUACAGUUGUAUCGUGGGAAGCAGUACUGGGCCUCAAGGGCAAAUCAUCGUGUGAUGAAUGUGUACCUUCUCACAUGAAUCUUUCAGAGGAGCAACGUGACAUUGAUGUCCACGCCACUGCCAAGAGCCUGAGAUCCAACAUGCAGGGACAUAGCUUUCUACAGCAUUUCCCCUGCUUUGUCUUGCCAGGGACAUUAGGCAAGCAGGUCUAUGAGAAACUGCUUGCAGAGAUCAUGGAGUUCAUGUCCAGCCAACUCUCUGAGUUGUUCUACAAUGGUUUCGUUGUCGAUGGGGUAACCUGGAGGUUGGUGGUUGUCGGCUGCAAAGCCGAUUUGAAAUGGCAUUCGAAGGUGUGUAAAUUGACCCGAGGAUUCGAGAACAAGAGUUCAACCAGAGAUUUGGCUCAAUGCCAUUGGUGCCACGCAGGGAUGCCUGGCGUCCCUGCAGAAGAGCAGGGCCCAACAGCAACAUGGACAAGGAGCAUGUUCACGGAUCGUCCAUGGCUUCCGCAGAAACGUCCUUACCAGUUGAAGAUCCCUUUUGAUAGUCAGCGACCUGAGUACCUGUACAAGUGUGAUCAAUUCCAUUGCUUGAGGCUGGGUUUGUACAGGCACUUCGCAGGUUCCUGCAUUUUUUGGAUCCUCCGGACUGGAUUUUUUCUUGUAGGUGGCCAGGUGCAUGAAAAGUUGGAUGCUGCUUGGGGGCACUUCAAGAUGUGGCAAACCAUGACGGGAAAGCGAGCGGCCUUGAGAUCCUUCAGUCCAAGUCUUUUCAACUAUGACAGUCGCAGGUCUUACCCUUGGAUAAACUGCAAGGCUUCAGACUGCCUGCUGUGUUUGGAAUGGAUUAUCUCCCUUUGUGUGGGGGUUCUGAACGAUCAUCGUCUUGGACCAAACCAGCUUCCAACCGUGGAAGUGAUGCUUUCUUCAGCACGGCUGGCUGUUCGAUGGUUUAAGCUGGUGUACGGGCAUGGGCUCUGGCUUUCACCGUCUUGCGGAGCUUACCUGUAUGAGGUGGGAGCGUCAUUUUUGAAAGGGUAUGCGAUCCUUGCCGACCAUGCAUGGGAAGAUCAACAAUGCCUUUGGGCGUUAGUUCCCAAGUUUCACUUCCAUCUUCAUACUGUGCAUGAGUUGUGGCAUCAACUCAAUUCCGGAGCGUUGGUGGUUGCAAAUCCCGUCCAUUGGGAUUGCAGCCAGAAUGAGGACUUUAUAGGCCGCAUGAGCCGUUUAACAAGAAGAGUGGACAUUCGUGUUUGCACUUCGAAAGUGCUGGAAUUCUACCUGGUCAAGGCCGCAAUUCUUUUCCAGAGACAUUUUGGUAAGCUAAAAGCUUCCAGAAGAAAGGGUGGCAAGGCAUAA